UCGCAAACACCGACGGCUCAACCACCACCCGCACCAGCAGGAGCACCACCAUGCGCCCCCGCCCCCUCUCCCCUCCAUGACGCCGCCCCCGCCCCUCCUCCUCACCGCCCACUCCGCCGCCGCUCUCCUCCUCCUCCUCGGCCCCGACGCCCGCGCGCGCAAGCGCAGGCGCCGCGGCGAGGCCAGCCCCGACCCGGACGCCGACCCCGCCCCGGCCCCGCAGCAGGCGGCACCCGCGCCCCCGGAGCAGGACCCGCCGCCGCCGCCCCUGCCGCUGCCGCCCACGAGCCCGGACCACUACCCGCUCGCGUUCCGGGUCUCGGCGCCCACCUUCCACUUCCUCUCGGGCCUGCUCGACCCGCUCCUCUCCGACCCCGCCCUCCCGCCGGCCCCGGUGCUCCUCGCGCUCGCGCUCGCGCGCCUCGCGUCGGGCCUGCCCUACCCGGCGCUCGCGGCGCUCUUCCGCGUCCCGCCCUCCGCCCCGCGCGCCGCCUCCCGCCGCCUCCGCCGCGUGCUCCUCGCCAACUUCCGCUUCUGGCUCGCCUUCCCCUCCGACCCCAGCAGCGCCUACUCCGCGCCGCUCCCCUCCUGCCGCGGCGCGCUCUGCUGCGCGCGAUUCGCCGGCCCGGCUGGCCCGCUCGCCGCGCAGCUCGUGGCGGGCGCCUCCUCCCGUGUCCUCUCCCUCGCCGCCGGCUUCCGCGGCGACCGCGCGGACCUCGAGGUGCUCAGGCUAUCGUCCUUGUACCAGGAGGUCGAGCAGGGGAGGGUGCUCGAGCCCGCGCAGUAUCUGGUUGGAGAUGGGGGCGGGUACCCGCUGCUGCCCUGGCUCAUGGUGCCGUUUCGGGGGCCGGUGGUGCCUGGCUCCCCAGAAGCGGCGUUCAACGCUGCGCACAGGGCAAUGUGCCGUCCGGUGAGGCGUGCUGUCCGGAGCUUAAUGGGGUGGGGAGCCAUUGCUCGGCUCCACGAGGAGGAGAGCCCUCGUGCAGCAGUGGCGUGCAUUGGGACAUGCGCAAUGCUUCACAAUGUGUUGCUGACUAGGGAGGAUUACUCUGCAUUGGCACCGGAUGAGGCGGAGUCGGAGAGUGAUUUGGGGGGAGUGCUGAGCCAGGGAGAUGACGCUGGUGCUGGAUCAGAAGGAUUCGAGGUUGAUGGGCGUGCAUUGGUGUUGCGGAGUGCACUGGCAGCAACGAUGAGGGACCUGCGAGCGCCUGACUAGCAAUGGUGAUUGUUUUACAAUUUCUGUCAUUGCCGAUUCUUUUCAAUCAUAUAGUUUGUAUAGUGGUGAAUAUUUUGAUUCCAUUGGGUUCGUCACUCUUCAGUUUGUUGCUUCCUCAAUAAAAGAAAUAAGACUAUCACUUGGCAUCUCUUAUAAGCAUUGACAUGUUUGCAGUAGAUGUAACACUUUCAUUAUGACUGUAUGCGCUGAUCUUAUUGUUGAAUCCUA